AUGGCGCCGACCCGCGCUCAUGCCAUGUCAAACUGGUUUAUGAACGAGCUCCUAAUGAUAUCCUCGAGCUCAAACGAACGUAAGUGGGCUUUUGGGAGUUUGCCUUCGGCGGCUGGGGCGCUGCCCCAGACCCCGUUUUGUGCUCGCUCCGCGAGCUUUGGUCAGAAGAGUUCUAACAGAUCUAGGGUUCGUGGUACAGGAUCCGGCCGAAGAAGACAGUCUUCGGCUGCUGCCUCCAACACUGGUACCAGUGAGUAUUUCAUUAAUGACAAACGGGUGGCCGAAAAAGAAUACCAAGAUACCCUGGCGGCUGAGAAUAUCAUUGUCAAGGCAAAGAAUUUCUUAGUGUUUCAAGGAGAUGUUGAAAAGACGGCCGCUAUGAAACCGUCGGAUUUGGCGACUUUGAUUGAAAGAGUGUCUGGCUCUAUUGAAUUCCAGAAAGAAUACGACGAGCUUCAGAAAGAGCUCGAGGUCAAGGGUAGAGAGUCCAUUGUUGCUUAUCAGAAGCGUAAAGAAUACAAUGCUGAGGUCAAGCAAUAUCAGACCCAGACGACAGAAGUCGAGAACUACAACAAGAAGAUUGAGGAACGAGAUAAUCUUAAGACAAAUCUGAUUCUCUGGAAACUGUAUCAUAUCGAACGAGAUAUUUCUAGCAAGAAAGAGCAGAUUAAAGCGUUUGAUGAGGAAAUACAGCAGAAAAUGGAUGCUCUUACAGAAGCCGAGGAGAUUCUUGCCAAUGCUAAUAGUGCUUAUGCCACUGCUAAUAAUCAAUAUCGCAGUUUGGAACGAAAGCAUCAUCAGUAUGUCAAGAAGAUUGAGUCGCGACAGAAAGACGUGUUGCCAAUUAAUGAAAAGAUCAAGCUCAAGAAACAUCAUGUCAAAGAAGCAGAGAGCAGACUAGCAGCCGUUCAGCACGAUUUGGAUCGCCAGAAUGGCGAGAUCGCUAUUGUUCAAAAGGGCUUUGAAGUUCUCGACAAGGCAGUCAAAAAGUUCGAAGUAGAGUCCAAACAGUCUUCGGCAUUAUCUGGACUGCGUGAUGUGUCUGAUGAGGUCAUUAAGGAGUAUGAAGCGCUCAACUCUGAUUAUAAGCUAAGGACCAGUGCCGAGCAGUCUAGAUUAGAAACGCUGUUGAGAAACAAGAGAACUAAUACCGACAAAUUGGUCAGUUUGACUAACAAGCGUGACGAAGCCAAGGCCAAAGUUGCUGCUUUACAAUCGGAAAUCGCAGAUCUAAAAUCAUCGAUUAAACAUAUUUCUGAAUCAAUCAAUGACGACAAUGAAUCGGUCGUGGCGAAGAAGUCUCAAUUGGAUAAAAUCAUUUCUGAACGGUCAGACAAGCAACGAAAUAUUUCUGAGCUCAAUUCUCAGUUGGCAACUGUAGCUAGACAACUUCUCGAUUAUAAUACCAGUGUGCGGGAGUCUGAAAAGACGAUAAAGUUGAAGGAAGAUACUGAAAGCUUGAAGCGACUGUUUCCUGGUGUCAAGGGUCUUAUCAGUGACCUGCUCGAACCAAAAGAGAGACGAUAUCAAACUGCAGUAUCGACCGUCCUGGGACGUAAUUUCGACUCGAUCGUAGUUGACAGUCAAAAGACUGCUCGCGAGUGUAUCGAGUACUUGAAGGAACAGCGUAAGGGUACUUGCUCUUUCAUUCCCCUAGACACGAUUGUUGUCACUCCAAUUCCAAGUUCAAUGCGUACGUUAGGACGUAACGUGCGACUAGCAAUUGAAACUGUCAGUUUUAAACCAGAAAUUGAACGGGCAGUUCAAUUUGUCUGCAGUAACUCACUUAUUUGUGAUAACAUUGAAGUUGCCAAAGAGAUGAAAUGGUCUAGAAAUAUUCAGGCAAUGAUGGUAUGUUUGGAUGGUUCGAUUAUUCACCGUGCUAAUAUGAUUUCCGGAGGUACAGUUGACAACCGUAAUGCCCGUAGAUGGGAGCAGAAGGAUGUCGUCGGUAUGUACAGAUUGAAAGAUAAACUGACGAAUGACUUGAGACAGUUGACGAUGAAGAAGAACGAGAAUUCUACCAAAGAAGAAUCGCUUAUCAGUGAGAUUGGUGGGCUUGAAAUGAAACUACAAGAUUCUCGUGACCGUCUGAAUACUCUUAAUAUUACUUUGGAAAGUCGACAGUCUGAAUUGCAGCACCACAAAACAGUCAGUCGUGAAGUGGUUCCAACAAUUGGCGAAACGGAAAAGACUAUUGCUGAAUAUGAUGAUGAAAUCAAUAAGAUCGAGUCUAAAGUCAAACGUACUCGUCAAUCGAUUUUCGGCGAUCUGUGUGCUCGUAUGGGAAUCAGCGAUAUUAAAGAGUUUGAGACAGCUCAGAGUAGUCAUUUGGAGCUAAUUAACAAGAAGAAUCUUGAGUUUUCUAGCCAACGUACGAGAUUACAAACGCGACUUAAUUUUGAGACCGGUCGGGCUCAACAGACUCAGAAGAGAGUUGAUAAUAUUCGUGUUGAACUCGAGCGCAAUCAAGAAGUGAUUAAACAGCUCAGGAGCGAACGAGAGGUCAUUCUGACCGAAAUCAGUCAACUUGAAGCGGAUAAGAACAGCGCCAAGGAAAAGUCGGAAGAAGCUAAAGCAGUCAUGGAAGCCAGAAAGGCUACUGCUGAAGACUAUGUUAAAGUGGUUCAUGAGAACAGAAACGAUCUUUCUCGAGCCGAAAAGAAACAAAGUGGUUUAGAAGAAGACAUUUCACGAGAUGCUGCAAAACGACUGGAUAUGCUGACCGAUUGUAAAAUCAACGGACAAACUCUGCCGUUGUUAGAAGGUUCGUUAAAUGAUAUUCCUAUGAAACGAAUGCUUAGCGAGGGUGAUGGUGAUGACCUGACUGGAAAUGACGGUGAUGGUGAUGUUUCAAUGGCCGAUGCCGUUUCAACUGGAGAUAUACCCAUGUCUCAAAUCUCCGAUACAAGUGUUUUUGGCAUCCUUGUUGAUUACAGUCGACUCGAAGAGCGGCUCAAGGAGAGUAGUGACCCUGCAAUCGAGACGGAAAUCGAAGAGGAGAUCGGGACAUUGUCGAGUCAGAUCGAUGGAAUGGUGGUUAAUGUUCGUGCUAGUGAUCAUCUGGAAGAAGCGUCGACUAAAUUCAAGGAAGCAGCUAGCGAGUCUGAACAGGCCGGUAAAACACAUCGAGCUAUCAGGAAAAAGUUCGAAGAAGUCAAACGCAAAAGGUCUACAGCGUUUAACAAAGCAUUUGACCAGAUAUCACGCAGUAUUGAUGGUAUCUAUAAAGAACUGACGCGAAACAAGUCGUUCCCCACCGGUGGAAGUGCCAAUCUAUACUGGGAGAACGAUGGUGACGACUUUGCCAAGGGUAUUAUCUAUAAUGUCCAGCCACCCAUGAAACAAUUCUGCGAAAUCGAGCAACUUUCUGGAGGAGAAAAGACCAUGGCUGCAUUAGCACUUCUGUUCGCGAUUCACCGGUUCCACCCGUCGCCAUUCUUUAUUCUAGACGAAAUUGACGCUGCUCUGGAUAACAACAACAUUGCCAGCAUCGGGCGAUAUAUCAAGCACAACGCCCGCGAGAACUUCCAGUUCAUAGUCAUCAGUCUCAAAAACGGGCUCUUCGAGAAAUCCGACGCACUUGUCGGCAUCUACCGCGACCAAGAUAUCAACAGCUCACGAGCUCUUACCCUUGACCUCCGUCAAUUUGACAACAAACCGGCACCCUCAGACACCCGGGACCGCGAUCGCACCCCUGCUGUCGCCGGAGCCGCCUAA